CCGCCAUUGAGCCAAUCGUAGCGCAGGGUCGCGUGUGACGCUGAAAGGAUGUGGGUCAGGCCAUGGGCUCUGCGGAGAGGAGUACCAUUCGGACUGGAACCACACGCCAUUACCGUAGCAGGAAUCACUAGUGCGACGUAAACGCAAGCGAAGAAGCAAGACCGAUCGCUCUGUAAUUGUGCGGCGAAAAACAACGACGGACUAUACUGGUUAAUUGUGGGCGCUGCGGAAAAACAUCUAACGUCUACGUUAUGAUGUUAAGUUCAGCACAUGGCAAUAGCUAUGAGGAAUGCAAGAUCACAUCCGAUUGGCUGAAGGCCCACACGGACGUUCGCCCUGUGCUAGCCAUAGUCUGCGGCUCGGGGCUGGGGGGACUGGCUAAGACAAUCAAAGACCCAGUCAUCCUAAAGUACCAGGACAUCCCCAACUUCCCCCAAAGCACAGUGCAUGGUCACGCGGGUCAGCUUGUGUUUGGGACUCUGCAGGGGAAGCAGUGUGUGUGUAUGCAGGGUAGAUUCCACCUCUACGAGGGCUACCCCGUCCAGAAGAUCACCCUACCCAUCCGCGUCUUCAAGCUGAUGGGCGUGCAGACGGUGAUCCUGACCAACGCGGCGGGCGGGUUGAACCCAGGCUACAGAGUCGGGGACGUCAUGGUGAUCAGGGACCACAUCAACAUGCCCGGCAUGGCUGGGAACAACCCACUGGCAGGACUCAACGACGAGAGGUUCGGCGUCCGCUUCCCCUGCAUGUCGGACGCCUACGACAGGAAGCUCCGGGAGAUGGCGCGCGAGGUCGGAGAAGAGUUGGGCUUCAGUGACUUCCUGAAGGAAGGGGUCUACGUCGUCCUGGGCGGCCCCUCCUUUGAGACCAUCGCCGAGUGCCGCAUGCUUCACUCCAUGGGGGCGGACGCCGUCGGCAUGAGCACAGGCCACGAGGUGAUCGUGGCGCGCCACUGCGGCAUGCGCUGCUUCGCCCUGUCCCUCAUCUCCAACCAGUCGGUCAUGGACUACACCAGCGAGGAGAAGGCCAACCACGAAGAGGUGCUGGAGACGGGCAAAGGGAGGGCGGCUCAGAUGGAGCAGCUGGUGUCCACCAUCGUGGCUCGCAUGGAGUAGCCCGGGCGUCUCGUUAGGCCGGCCCCACGUGUCCAAUGGCAGGUCAACAUUCCUACCCACUCACUUAGCUGUGUUCGAAAUCGAUCCCUAUCACGGAUAUAGCGCACUAUAUAGGGUGCUCGCCGUUUUGUAUUUAACAUAGAAAAUGUAACAUUCAAAAUUAAUUUCAAAAAACUUGAUCAAGGAAAUGUAACAUUCAACAUCAAUACAACCUCCAGCUUUCCUCGUGAGUGCCCGGUUUGUUUACAUGAUGUGGGCGCAUCUGUCUGCGUCACACAAAUACCCGGCGCAUUUACUGACGCAAAUGACGCUCAGAAAUGUUCAGCGUAGGGUCCGAAUUCUCGUUUGUUCGUUCCCUAUAUAGUGCACUAUAUCAUGAACACUAUAUAGGGAAUAGUGAGUGAGUGAAUAGGGAACGAUUUCAAACACAGCUACUAACUCCCAGCGACUGAUAUCCCCCGAGAGCUUGGGUCGCAGCUGGCAGGCUCAAUCGUUAAUACUGCGUAGGCUUGUUUUUGGAAAACUGGAGAAUGCGACCAGAGAAUUCUGUUACGUGGGGAAUGUGGUCUCUUUUGUCCAAUAUACUGUGCAGUGUUUUUCCUGCACGCACCAAGCAGUGGCUUUCAAAUACUAUUUGUUGGUGAUAACACUUUUUAUCAUGUUCUCAUAAUUAUUGUUCUACCUUCCCAUAUGUUGCAUACUUUAUUUAAAAAUUUAUAUUUAUAAUAUUAUUAUUUAAUUUUGACAGUGAAUGGCAAAAAACGCUUAAUUCCACCCCUCUUAACUGAGAAUGGUCAAAUUAAAUACACAUGUCAACCGGAAGUAAGGAGGAGGUCAACAUGCUCUCUUAUAAUGCCUGGUCUUAUGGAAUUGUUUUGAUUUUGAUUCUGUAAAAAAAAGGGCAGUUACUGCGAAAAGUUUUUUUGCGAGAAUACGAUUAUGCGAAUAAGCCAGCCCCAUGAGAUCAGCCCCAUAUUCAAUCAUUCACAAGUCCACCUCAAAGUGGCCCCGGGACGUGAACCGUGGCGUGCUCGCUCGUUGGCCAUGCUAGCGUGUUGGCAUGCUCAACGAAUAUUGCGCACAUGACAAGUGUGUUCAUGCAACUACAGGCUUUUCCUUCAGCAAAAAAUACAUCAAAAACAACUCGGUAUCGUGGCUAAAAAAUUAUCUUGGGGGAAACACAGGCGUGAAAAUAUUUAUAAAUAGAUAUAUAAAAGGUUAUGUAUGUACAUAACUCGAGAAAAUGCUUACGUAUGACUCACAAUUACUCUUGGGGUUUAAACUUGAAACCACCUCCAUCGUUGUUUCUAAUUUAAGAAUUGUAUUAAUUGUUUGAACUCGAUAAUACAUUCCCUGCUUAAGGUUAAAGGUGCGAUGCUUCAAAUAUUUAUAGAACUGUAUAAAUUAUUGUGUGUGUGUGUGUGUGUGUGUGUGUGUGUGUGUGUGUGUGUGUGUGUGUGUGUGUGUGUGUGUGUGUGUGUGUGUGUGUGUGUGUGUGUGUGUGUGUGCGUCAAAGUCUAAACCACAUUCCAUUUCUAUUUCUCCUACCCUACUGUUAAAAAACUGGUUUACUUUCUUAAAAUCACUGAUAUAAAAAAUAUGUUUACAACAAAGAAUUUGAUUCCAUUCCUGUUUAGUUCUGCAGCCAUUACAUCUGUCCUUGGACAUUUAAAUGGAAAUAAUAUGCAGGAUGCAUGUAAGAGAAUGGAGAGCCUGUCAUUAAUCCAUUUCUAAGAGCAUUGGGCAUCCACAGUGCAACUAACUCGCAAUUAGUCCGCUUCACUAGUAAUCUUGUAUUUCUGUCUAUGUUGCUUCAUUCCCAAUAAACAAAUCGGUCUGAAUAACAA